AUGCAGCUUUCCCCUAUUUUGACCUUGAGAUACCAUCAACAGUGUUCUUGGAUGAACAGAGCGGAGUGGGAGCAGGGACCGAUCCUCUCGCGUCGCGAGUUGGCCGCCCUCGGUGACCAUUCCCACGAGUUGGCCGCCCUCGGUGACCGUUCCCGCGAGACGAAGAAGGUGAGGGUCCUGUGCUGGGUCGUGACCCGGCCGGAGAACCACGAGGCGAGGGCCAAGCACGUGAAGGCCACGUGGGGGAGGAGGUGCGACGUCCUCCUUUUCGUGAGCACGGAGAACGGUUGGUGGUCCUUUUCUCUCAUCUUUCUUAUGACCAAUGAGCGACAGGACGUCCCCGAGACACCUGGAUUCCACGUGGAACAGGAUGUCCUUAUGAAACGUCCUCGUAGGUCGUAUGAGAUUUUUGGGACGUGA